AUGAGAGCUGCACCACAGCCGGCAUUAGUAGCUCAGCCACCACCAGCAGCCCCACCCUCUUCUGCUGACUCACCUGCUGCUGCACCCCACCUUCCAGGCCUGAUGGCUCAAAAUACAACCACUGCAGCUGGCAUGGUUGUGGCCUCUGGUGUAGGACACUCCCGGAGUCAUGUCAUCACUGGGGGCUUCCACAGAGGAAGCAAUGCUGUAUCCUCAAGGCACAGCAUCAUUUGGCAAGAACCUCAAGAAGCCCAGUCAAUGCAGCAGCAGCAGUUUAGUCCUUGCCUCUAUGAGAUAAAACAGCUUUUGGAGAGUACCCAGGAUGAGGGUGACAUUAGAUCUGUGAGGGUUUCCAUGAAGUGCUGA